UGUUCACAAAACUCCCCGUUAGUGGAAAAUAUCAUCGAAUGACAUUUUUUCAAAAGAAUACUAAUUGGUUAGUGGUCAAAAUGGAUACAUUUGUAAUCUGUUACUGUGUAAAUGGCACCCUGUGUUGUUUAAAUGAAUUGGGUUUGGUGCCUCUAGCUCUCAACCUUACUUAUUUAGCUUUUGUUGCUUCAUUUUGACUAUUCUAUUUUUUUUGGGAUAUAUUGAUGGUUUAAGAAGGUUCACUGGCACCCAUGAGUGAAGAUCAACCUGAACAAUCUGUUAAAGGUCAAUUUAGGGUUGAAGAUGGUGAACUUGUAUUAUCUGACAGUGAAAAUCAGGAUGAAAAGCCUGGUGGUAGCCCAGGAAUAUCAAAUUCUCGUAAAAGCCGACGCAAACAAACGUUUGAAAGACGCAAUAUCAAGAAAGUUAAAGAGGAUGGUCUUAGCGAAGAAGCCAAAGCAGCUCAAAAGGCUGAAAUGGAACGAAGACAGCGACUUGUUAAUAAGGAGAAAGGAGACCAAGUCCGUUUCUCCAAUAUCGAUUUUCUACUAAAUGACUCAUCAACAUCUCCUGGUCUUCUGAAGUGUUCCGAUGGUAAUUUUGAAUCAGAACUUCAAGAAACUGGUCCCCUUUGUAAGAAAGAAAGAAAAUAUGAAUCUGAUGCGGAAGAAUGCAAUUCCUUAGAUAAUGGUUCAACUAUUGAUAGUCAACAAAGUUCAGUUGAAAUAGCCGAAAAAGACUCAAAACAUGCUCCUUUAGUAGAUGCUCUCACUAACGGGGGGAAGCAAUCACCUUUUAACAAUUCAUGUUCUGGUGCUGAAUCAGAGCAAAAACGUGCCGUCAGAUCGGCUUCUGCUUCACUUUUUGGUUCUACAUGGAGUGAUUUACAAUCUCUGCGUAUGGGUCAGUCACAGGAUGAUGCAAUUCUGCUAGGUGAUUCUGAUGAUGAACAGCUCGGUGAUUCUAAUGUCAUUGAAGUCAGCGAUGGGGAAGAAGAGGAAGGACAAGGAGAAGAAGAAGAAGAAGAACCAGAAGUGGAAGUUGAAGAAGAAAUCUGUGAAAUACAAGACGCCGAUAAUUUGGCUGACAUUGAUGGCAAGAUUAUUAUUAAUACAUCACGUGAUCAAGAGGAAGAACCAGAAAUUGUAUUAUGCCCUCAAAUGGCCAGAGUGAUUAAACCACAUCAGGUUAGCGGUAUACGCUUUUUAUACGACAAUGUAGUUGAAAGUGUGAAACGAUUUCAAACAACCGAAGGAUUCGGUUGUAUCUUAGCGCAUAGUAUGGGUUUGGGUAAAACUAUUCAAAUUAUCGGAUUUCUUGACAUAUUAUUUCGUUUUUGUCAAGCUCAAAGAGUACUCGUCAUCGUACCGAUCAAUACGAUACAGAAUUGGCAAGCCGAGUUUGAAUUAUGGUUACCAACUGAUUUGUCAAGUAUUGCAACAAAUAAAAAAUUCAAAGCUUUUCAUCACUUUGCAAUGCCAAAAUCAACUAAUUAUUAUCAAGAAGAAUCAAAGCCACCGAUGCAAUCGCCUACUGAUCAUCAGGUAGAUGCAUCGAACUAUGGUGAAUCAAAUUCUGCUCCCCCUCCUCCUCCUCUUGCUACUAGUCCUAAGACAACAGAGGCCAGUUUAGAAGAACAAAUGUGGUCUUCUAUGUUUGAAUCACAGGAUAAAAGUGAAGAAUCACACCAGGAGGAUAUGCUGCAACAAGAAGGUGGUGAUUUUGGCGAGUCAACUGAUCCUAACUUUUCUCUGCUUAGUAGUAGUACUCUACGACCUUUCAAAUUGUUCGUCGUUCGAGAUACAGUGAAAACAAUGAGUCAACGACAUCAGAUUAUUCAACAAUGGUUUGAAGAAGGCGGUGUCCUACUGUUAGGCUAUGAAAUGUUUCGUUUACUUUUAAAUCAAAAACGUCUGAAUCCACCUUCAUUAUACACAACUACAAGAGUUGAUGUACGAAUGCCUAAACGCCGAAAAAAAGAAAUUUGUAUUGAUAUUGAAAAGGAGGAGAAACGUGAAAAAAUGUGGGCAGAUUUUCAUACAGCCCUUCUGGAUCCCGGUCCUCAGCUUGUUAUCUGUGAUGAAGGUCAUCGAAUUAAAAACAGUGAAGCGUCUAUAUCAAAGGCUUUAAAAGCGAUUAAAACACAUCGACGUGUAGUACUCACUGGGUAUCCACUUCAAAAUAAUCUUAUGGAAUAUUGGUGUAUGGUUGAUUUUGUUCGACCUAACUAUCUGGGCACAAAACAAGAAUUUACAAAUAUGUUUCAACGACCUAUUGAAAAUGGUCAGUGUAUUGAUAGUACACCAGAAGAUCGUAAAGUGAUGCAAGGCCGGGCACAUGUUCUGCAUGAUCUACUGUCAGGUUUUGUACAACGACGUUCACAUGCUGUUCUCAAGGCUAGUCUACCGCCAAAAACAGAAAUUGUUCUGUUGAUUAAAUUAUCCCCGUUACAAAGGACACUGUAUGCAGCAUUUAUGCGUAGUCUAGGCUCAAGUGGUCCACUCGGUUGGGCUCAAGUGAAUACAUUGAAGACGUAUGCAAUGUGCUGUAAAAUAUGGAAUCAUCCUGAUAUUUUACGUCGUGCAAUGGAAGAGCAUAAAGAAGCAAUGGAUUUCGAUAUAGAUGAUUCUGCAGCAGCAGCAGCGGCGGCAAAUAAUAAUAAUAACAACAACAACAGUACUAAUACUAGUAAUCCAAACUCAAUGUCUUCCAUUGGCGGCGGUCGACCAUAUCACCGGUCGAAUAGUACAGCGUCAAUAAUAACCAAUCAGAAUGAGCCACAACAAUCUUGGAUUGGUGGAGAUUCGAAUUCAAUGUCAUCUGAACAAACGCUUAGUAGUAGUAGUCAUAUGUCAACUUCAGCAAAUAACUCGGUGUAUUCCGUGCCUGAGUCUCCUAUGUCAAUGGCGACAGCGUAUAUGCCCCAGAAUCCUCAUUUUUCUGUGCCUACAACUGUUGGCACACAACCAAAUCCUGGACAGAUGAUGAACACAACGACAGCAACAACACCAACUACUACUCCGAACCUGGGAUAUUUUUAUAAUCAAAUCACUUCAUCCCAUCAAGCCACUGUUGGAACAUACGAUUGGGCUAGUGAUCAAGAAUUAUGGGGUGAAAAUUUUCAAUCAGGUAAUGUAGAACACAGUGGCAAGGUUCUCCUCUUCUUAGAUAUCCUAAAAGGCAGUGUACUAGCCGGUGAUAAAUUAUUAGUUUUCACACAAAGUUUAUACACACUGGAUUUAUUAGAACGUAUAUUACGUCAUCUGCCGCUGCCAAUUGCUGGUAAAUCAGACAGGAGUGAGAAUGAAUCAUCUACUGCUUCUUCGUCGUCAAUGAAACCGGAAGAUACCAAUAAAUCUGGACUAUCUGAUGAAUUUACUGCUUUCUACAAUCAUGAAAAUUCAAGCGAUGAUCAUCAUAAUCAAUGUUCAGGGGAUUUAGACCGACAACCACAGCAGACGACGAAAAUGGAGGAUUCAGGAAAUGAUGAAUUGAAAGGAGAAGCGGCAGCGAAUGAAGAGGAAGAAGAAACUCUGAGAUCUUUACAUUAUAGACUGUCAACACGACGUGGUCGUUGUGAUGAACCAACUGUUUGGACACGAAAUGUUCAUUAUUUCCGCUUAGACGGUAGUACAAAUGCAAGUGAACGUGAAAAACUCAUUAAUAACUUUAAUGAUCCUAAUAAUCCAGCGAAAUUGUUUCUUAUGUCAACUAGAGCUGGUUGCUUAGGCGUCAACUUGAUUGGUGCAAAUCGUGUUGUUGUUUUCGAUGCCUCCUGGAAUCCAUGUCAUGAUUGUCAAGCUGUUUGUCGUGUUUAUCGUUAUGGUCAAGUGAAACCGUGUUAUAUUUAUCGUCUUGUCUCAGAUAAUACAAUGGAGAAGAAAAUCUAUGAUCGUCAAGUAACUAAACAGGGUAUGUCAGAUCGUGUUGUAGAUGAAUUGAAUCCAAGUCAACAGUUUACCCGAUCUCAAGUUGAACUAUUAAUGUCUUUUGAAGAUAAAGACAUGGAGACUAUAACAGAGGAAGACUUAAAACAAUGUGAAGAUAUUAUUCAACCCGAUCCAAUACUUACUGAUGUAUUAAAAAAGCACGCGAAAUGGAUAACAAAACGACCAUUUACCCAUGAAUCUUUAUUGAUUGAUCGUAAAGAUUAUCGUUUAACGCGUGUAGAAAAACGUAUGGCACGUCAACGUUAUGAACAAGAGAAACGCUUGAGUUUAAGUUAUCAACAAGCUCAUUUAUUCCAACUGCAACAAAUGCAAUUAUUACAACAGCAACAACAACAAUUACUUGCCGCUGGAAUUAAUCCUUCACUAGUGGAUACAACUCGCCUAUACAACUCACGUACUCCUAAUAUCCUCUCUCGAAGUACUAUCAAUUAUCGACCUACGUACACUAGUGGUAUGGCUGCUUUGGAUGCUAUGCGUCAAGUUGAUCGACAAGCACGUCUACGAAUGCUACAGAAAGACUUGGAUGAAGCACGUCGACGUUGUGGUUAUGCCAAACCUGAUGGUCUUAACAAGAUCACUGACUCACCUGAAUGUAAAGUGACUCGAAUUGUAGCCAAUACAGAUCUAUUUUUUCCAUCAACAACCAAUUCAACUACUACACAACGUAAAAUACCUAAAGGUGAGGUACUCGAAGUUAUUCAAACUCCAAAGGCGAAAUAUUUACGUAUAAGUCGUACUGGAGAUUUAUUUAUUGUCAAGACUAGUGGAGCAAAUACUACACCAGCUUCAACUACUGAAGCUAAUGCUAGUGCAAGUAGUAGUAGUACUCUACCCGCUAAUAGUCAAGAGAAUUGUACACCCAGUUCUGAUAGUCAAACACAUUCAACAGACCCUGUCAGUGUAUCUGGUCAGAAUUCAUCCGGUCAAUCUGUACAACAGUCUACAGUUAUCAGUAAUAGUAGUAGUAAUACUGUGGGAAUCGGUAACACUGUCCCUUCAUCAUCAUCAUCAUCAUCGUCAUCGGGUUUCACAGGGGAUCCUACUACUGGAAAUUAUGAAAAACACCAGAAUCCUCAAACCCUUCAAAAACGAUCUUAUUCUGAUUCGAAUACUGCCGCCUCUGGAGUAUAUCAUUCACAAAAUAAACCAGAAAUGACUGCCACGAAUCAUCAAUCAAUGACAUAUGGUGCAAAUAAUAAUAAUAAUACUAAUCAACCUUUUAACUAUUCCCAAUCGUAUAAUCGAUCUGAAGGGAAUGUAUUUCAACAACCAACUAAUAAUGUUACCGAAGCAUCGUCGUCGUCUACUACUGUUGCCUAUACCUCACCGAAACGUGCUCAUUCAUCGAAUGAAACAUUCACCUCGUGUGAUUUACGCGGUAAAGAUUCGUCAACUUAUCAAAAUCAAAUGAUGAAUCGACGUGAUAAUAAUAAUAAUAAUAGUAAUAAUAAUAAUAUGAAAAAAGAACAUGGGAAUAGUGGUAUAACUUAUCCUAAUCAUACAUUCUCUUCUCAGGAUCCUUUCCAAUCUCACUUACAACGUGGCGGUCAAUCUGGAGAAGCAUCUUGGCCUUGUUUAACCUGUGGGCGUACAUUAGCUACCGGUUGUACUUGUCGUAUGAAUUCGUUGAACACUCCUGUAAGAAAUACUGCUACUACGAAUGCUGGUGUUUCUAAUCCACCAUCUUCAGUGAAUACUGACACCAAUGUCCAGUCGUCGGCGGUAGCCUCGUCGAGAUUUAGAUCUUUCAAUGAUUGUAAUGCUACUACUACUCCACGUCAAGAGUCUUCAUUUCAUCAAUCCAAUCAUAUGAACAAUUCGAAAAAGAAUUUCCCAUCAACUACAAAUUAUCAAUCAAAUGUUGUUAGUGUUCCGUAUUAUCAGUCACCUCAGAAUGCUCCUCCUCCCCGUCGGCAUCAUCAUCUUCUUCAUCGUCGUCAUCGGCAUCGUCGACAGCCCACCGACAGUUGCAACAACAACAACAACAGCAACAUCAGUAUUUACGUGCAGCUGAAGAUAUUGCACGUCAAUCAGGCUUAACAGCUUCUUCUAAUAACAGUAACAAUCCAGUGAAUGCUUAUCAGUCAAUCUAUCAAAAUCAAUCAAGACUGAGUAGUGGUAAUACUACUACUGAUCCGAAUAUCAGUAGUAGUAGUAAUAGUCAUAAUCCGAAUAGUUUACAAAGUCAUGUAUCAAUGAUGCAAGAUUAUUUUUCACAGUUAACAAAUCAACGUCCAGCGGCAGCACCAGUAGGAGCGGCCGCUGCCGCCGCCAACGCUUCGUUUGAUUUACAACGAUCUCCGUUCAGGGAACAGCAACAACAACAACAACCGCCACAACCAGCACCACCAUCGCAUGCUGUAGCUGCAGCGAUGCAACAAUAUCUAGCGCAUAACAGUCAACACACCACCGGUCACAAUCAUCAGAGUCAUAAUGCUGGUAAUACUCCUACUACUACUCAUAAUAAUAACCAGUUUAAUAAUUCCGCUGUACAAUAUCAACAAUUUCAGUUAGCCGCCGCUGCUAAAGAACAACAGCAACGUCUGCAACAACAACAGCAACAAUUAUUAUUAGAACAACAACGACAGCAGCAACAAUUACAACUCCAACAACAACAACAGCGUCAACAAGCUCAAAAUAUCACUGCACAUAUUGAUCGAAGUUCUGCAUCUGCCUCAACCGCCCCUUCAUCGUCAUCAUCAUCACAUGCUGCUGCCGUGUUCAAUCAUUUGCAUUCACAAGCUUUUCCUAAUUUUCAUUUUCCACAGUUUUAAAAGAAUUUAUGUAUUGUUAUUAAUAUCAGCCCGGUUUUUUUUAGCGGAUUUGAUCUGUUGGUGGUUUGUUCUCCCUUCAGUGGAAUCCUUUUCCCUCCCGCCGCUGUCUCUCCACACAAACACCCACCCACCCCCUCCAACCUGCCACUGUCGAUCAGUCGCAACGUAAACUCUUUCUAUCCAACAGUUUCUUUUUAAAUGUGUAAAGUUAUACAUACCAUGCAACAUUUAUUGAUAUGUGACAAAAUUCUAUUCUCCAUUGUAGUAGUAGUAGUGGUAAAUUUCUUGUCGUUUGUUCCACUGUCUUGCAAUCCUCUGUCUGUCUGUCUGGUUGUGUGUGUUUGUGUACAUAAUUGAAAUAAUCGAAUCGGGAUCUCAUUUCUUAUUUAUUUGUUUUUAUUUUCCUUUGUCUUAUGUUCAAUCCAAUGAAUUAUAAUAUUAUUAUUAUUAUUACUAUUACUAAUAUUGUUAUUCAAUUGAAAGACACAUUUAGACGCAUAUAUAUGUAAACUCUAUUUUGUAUGCGUAAUAUAUGCACAUGUAUGUAUGUAUGUAAACAGUUACUCACCGUUGUAUUAAAUUAGGUGCUUUCAUUUGUCUCAUCCAUCAUCCAUGCAUUCAUCCAUUCCUCAAAGUCCCCGAAUCCCCUUUCCCCCCUUCCGUCCAUCAUCAAUACUCACGUUCCUUUAUUGAUUUAGACUGUUUCAUCAUUGUACUUUUGUUUCUCUCUCUCUCUCUCUCUGUGUGUGUGUGUGUGUUCAUCUCACAAAAAAUAUGUACAGUAAUUAAAUAUUUCUCUUCUUUUUCUUUAAAUAUGAAACAUUUCACUUUGUAAAGUUGUUGUUUGUGCUCCCGACCCAUCCCACCUACCCUAUCCAGCAUCGCUAUUACAAUUCGUGUUGUAGGUGUUUCUUUUUUCAGUUCGUUUGAGGAGUCUGCAUGUGUGUGUGUAUGGUGUGUUUAUCCGAGCAUUGCUGUUGUGCCGCCUGUUGGUGUGUGUCUUCUAUCUAUGCCUGCAACACCACUGUGUUCCAUCUUUCUUGUCAUCUUUGAAUCCUGUUCCAAAGUCCGUCAUUAUCAAGUUCAUAUUGUCAUCACAUUUUUAGAAGAGAAAAAAGUGCUAAUCGUUAUUAUUCAUUCAUCCCUCCAUCCAUCCAUCAGACGCGCUUUUUUUCUUUCUUCUGUUCGCCUUUUUUUUCUCUCUACUGAAUGAGAUGCUGAUGAAAAGGGGUGAUGCAAGCAAACAAUUAUUUGUCAAUUUUUUAAGAAAAUAAUAUUUAUUUACUUAAUUAUUAUUAUUGGUAUUUACUUAUCUAUCUGUUUGAUUGUUUGUUUUGUUUAUUGAUAAUGACUAAAUGAGUGGUACUCAUAUCAUUCAUAGUUUAUUACCCUUUUUGACAACAACAAUAUCAUCAUUAUCGUCGUCAGCAACCGAGGCAACAGCAUUAUUUUCCUUCUUCCCUUUUUUGUGGAUAUUAAUUACCACAGAUAUAUACACAUAUGUGUGUGUGUGUCUGUGAGUGUAGGUAGUUAAACAGACACACGCAUUCAUUUGUUUGAUGAGUAAGUAGUAUGUUAGUGUUAGUAGUAUGACGACGUCGACAAUGCUGAUGGUGAUGAUGAUGAUGAUAAGUUUACGUUUAAAACAACCGUGAAUUUUCCACUGUUGACUAACUGCUUGAAUAAUGAUCUUUACUCAAUAUUAAUAUUAUUAUUAUCAUUAUUAUUACUACCACUAAUAUAAUAAUAUUACCUAUGCAAUCUGUUGUAUACCUCUUCACUACUAUUACUAUUAUUAUUUGAUAAAAUAGAAAUAAUAUUAUUAUGCAUUUAUACUUAUAUUACUUUUUGAUUUAAUGUUAU